AUGAGCCGCGUGCCUAAAGUAUACUCAAAAACAUUCACAACUCCGCGUCGUCCCUAUGAAAAGGAACGUUUGGAUCAGGAGUUGAAAAUCAUCGGUCAGUACGGGUUGAGGAAUAAGCGAGAGGUAUGGCGUGUCAAGCUGGUUCUCGCGAAGAUUCGCAAGGCUGCUCGUGAAUUGCUGACCCUCGAUGAACGCGACCCUCGGAGACUGUUUGAAGGUUCCGCACUUCUAAGACGUCUUGUUCGUGUGGGCGUGCUUCCUGAGGACAAAAUGAAGUUGGAUUUCGUCUUGGGUCUCAAGAUUGAGGAUUUCCUUGAGCGUCGACUCCAAACCCAAGUCUACAAAAUGGGUCUUGCGCGGUCGAUUCACCACGCCCGUGUCUUGAUUCGUCAGCGGCACAUCCGUGUUCGUAAGCAGCUUGUUGAUUGUCCAAGCUUCAUGGUGCGCCUCGAUUCCGCUAAGCAUAUUGAUGUGAGCCUCAACACUGCUGCUGGGAAGCUCGGCCGUGUUGCAAGAAAGAAGGCUAAGAAGAGUGGCGAUGGCGAUGAAGAAGAGGAUGAAGAGUAA